GUUACGCACGAGGUGAUAUUUUUGCAUUUUUCGACGCUGAAAUUUAGUGAAGUGAAUCCAAAGCAAACAAUGGCAUCCACCAAGAUCAAAUACACAUCGAGUAAGGCAAUUGAUCAUUUCAAUGCGGGAGCGACUCUUAUGAGAAUCGUUGGCUACGUGGAUUCCAUCGAGGGAUUGAGAGAAUUGCCUAAAUCUGCAUCCAAAUGGAUUUACAAAUGCGUUUUGAAUAACAAUGACGACAAGAAGGUUCGCAUCAUCUUCUGGGGGGAUGAUGCUUUGAAGUACAACUCAGAAAUCGUCAUGUACCAAAUCAUAAAAAUUACUGGUGGUGUGAUCAAAGAGGCCAAUCUCCAGUAUCGCCGAUCUGGCGAUACUGUCAGUGACAAAGAGUUCCAGUUUGGUCGCGGAAGCACUCUCGAGGUCCUUGGAACCUUCGACAUUGCAAAUGGCGCUGAUGAGGCAUUGAACAAGGUGGUGAAGUACCAAUCCAUAGAGAUAAAAGACGUUUGUUCUGCACGUGGCCCAGUUGAAAUCUCAGGAUGGCUCAAGGAGCCUUUUAGGAGUAUUUCAACCGCCAGUGGUGCAAGUUACGGCAGUGCAAUGAUUUGUUCCGAGGUUCAUCGAAUGACUGUUCAUGUGACCACCUUCGUCCCUAACGAAAACCUCCUGGAAGGGAUGAAAAUUAAGAUUCGAGGGACAAUUGAUCGUCGCUCAAAUGCAUUCGUUCUCAACACUGCCACUAUGGAUCAAGUUUCUAUUAUUCCUGGAGCGCCCACGAUGACUGAAGACGAAAUGGAUGAGGCUGUAGAAUCACCUCCCUUGGUUCUCAAAAGAGAAUCAGAGGAUAUCAUGGAGAUAACAAUUGAAAAGAAACAAAAAUGUGAUUAAGUCCACUUGCUCAAUCUCCAAAUUUAGAUCUUUAUUACAUAUCAUUUAGAAAAAUGAUAGGAUUUCACAAGCUAGAUUAGAUUGAAAUUUGCAAUUUAUGGUUAAACUUCGUUUUGUAUGUGUUCGUGUCAACUAAAAAAUUUGACUUCCUUUCAAAUUUGAUUUUUUAUGACAAUGCCAAAUCGAUAACAACAUUAAUUCCGCAGAUGCUACAUAAUUACUAAACUUUUUAAAAUAGUUUGAUUUGAAAAACAAACACUGCAUGGCUUCAUUGAUUAAUUUUUUAUAGUUUUAUUUUAUAAGAGAUUAUUUUAUAAGAGAAAAAUACUUCAAUGACACAUAUUUUUCGUAACAAAAAAUAAUGAACGUGUAGCAUUAUGCCAUCAGAAACUUCAAUGGUCAAAUACCAUGAAAAUUUGCAAAAUUUCAUUCAUUUAUCUAUUUUCAUCUCCUUUUUUUUGUCAUGUCUUCAAUCCCCAAAAUUGGAGGAAAAUCAUUUUUUUUCUGUUUUUCUGCUUAAAUACGAAAAGAAAACCGCAAACUUUGCCCACGAAAAAAGUCUUUGUAUUAAAACUUCUUAAUUUUAAGCAAAUAAUCUGUGUAGAUGGAUCAUCAUAACUAAAAUACUUCGAAAGUUUGAUAUUUUUCCUCCAUUAUUCUUUUUUUUUUCGUUAUGCUUUCAAUUCUCAAAAUUGGAGAAAUAAUUUUUUUUCUUAUCUACUGAACACCAGGAAAAAUCGCACGCUUUCGCCAAGAAAAAAAAAAUCUGUAUUGUAACUUCUCAAUUUUUAAGUAAAUAUCUGUCAAUGUCAAUCAUAACUGUAAAAUACUACAAAAAUUUUCUAUUUUUUCGCCAUUAUUCCUUUUUUCUUAUGUUUAAAAUUUCUCAUAACUGAGAAGUAUUCGUACUUUUUUUGUACUUUGCGCAAUGGCCAUAAAAAUAGCAAAUUUUUGUAAUUGAAAAGUGAUAAGUUCAGCAUCUAUGUUUUCGAGAAGAUUGCAGUGCAUAAUUCUCAUAAUUUCACUUCGUUUUAACAACAUAGUCUUUGUUGUUCAUUGAAAGUACAAGUUGAGAUAGCUAAGUUCACAGUGUGACGUUCGUAUUAGCUCAUAGUACCAGUGACAGAUUCCUAUUAGUCAAUAU